GCAGUUAAAGGGUUAACAGGAGGAGGCGCAGCAGUGGUCAGCUCGUCUGGGUGGAGUGAAGUUUAGACAUUAGACUAUCACAAAUUAGCCCAAGAGAGGACUGCAUGUACUUAUGGCUGAGUGGGAAAACUACAAGAGGAGAGAUUAAAUAACUCAAAACAGGAAAAGAAACAAAAAACAUAUCGCUCGGCUCGUUAAAAAGACCCUUAAAAAAAAGAAAAAAGAAAAACAUGAGUGAUGUGAGUGAAGAGUCGCUGCUGGAUUAUUUCUACUCCACCGGAGGCAAUUCAGGCAGAGUCAAAAAUGCAGACAUACUGAAGACAUUUAAGCCUUUUAUUGGCCAUAGUGACGUGCAGUUACGUGCGAAAUACAGAGAAGAGUUCAAGCUCAUCAUCGACCGGAUUGCUGUGGUGAAGUCGGAGAAUGGUGAAAAAUACCUUUUCCUAAAGAAGAAAUACAGGCAGCUGCUGCAAGAUCGAGACACCAAAAAUCAGGGGACAGAAUUGGACGGAGAGACAAAUGUAAGCACGAGCCGAACGCCAGCCGCUGUACAAUGGGAGGUGACGGACGCCUCGGACCCUCCUCUUCACCAGAAGGAACUUCAAGAUGAGCUGAUCACAUGUGGAGAGCCUGAAAGUGCUGCAGAGUCGGAGUCGGAGCAGGACGAGGAGGGGACGGGCAGUAUGGGCUCCACUGCUGUCGCUCUGGAUCCAAUAGAGAAGGAGUGGAUCUACUCCGCUGCCGGUGCUCGAGUCCCUGACCUCUCUCAGCUGCUCAGACAGGACCCGACACUAGCAAACAAAAAGGAUUAUUUGAGCAAUACAGCUCUGCACUGGGCCGCCAAACAUGGCAACGAGGACAUGGCAGCUCUGGUGGUUAACGCCGGUGCCGACGUCAACACUAAAUCAGUGAGUGGAUAUACACCUUUACACAUCGCAGCGUUACACGGUCAUCAACAUAUUCUUGACCUGCUCGUACAGUCAUAUGGAGCUAAAGAAAACUUAAGGGACUACAGUGGACAUCUUGCCCUCCAUUAUCUGAACAUCAAAGAACCAGAAGGUCCAGAGGAAGAGUGUGAGCUACCGUUUCAAGUCACUCAGGCCAGAGAGCGAAACAGGAACAGGAAGUUGGCGUCGUUGUUCCACUCCAAGAAGAAGUGGGGCUCGGCGGAGGAGCUGGCUCCGAUAGAAGAGGAGAGGACGGCGCCGCAGCAGCAGCUCUCCCUCCCCGCUUUCAGACCCAGGAAGUUCUCCCGCUGAGGAACAACAGACACCAAGGGAGGAUUUAUGACUCUGCUCGCUCUGUUACACUUUCACACAUUCACACCUACACACAUAAUGUAAAACCUACGUGUAUAUACCAAGGGCGUACACUCAAACCUUUCAUACCAACGCUUGCUGACACAAUCCCACAUGUUCGCAGAUGUACUGAAACACUGAACACACACAGGCUUUAAUAUUGAACAGGAAGUGUUCCAGGUGAGGCUAUUCGUAUGUGUGUAUUACCAAUAUUUAUGCUUACCGUCAGAGUAUUUCUCUCUAAAGCCUUUAAAUUGUUUAAAAAUGUUGCUAAAUGUUACUCAUGGAGCUACUACAUGCCUCACAAUUUCAAAUGAGCUCAGGUCCCAUGGUUCAUUAAACUUUCCAUCACUUUAGUUUGUGUUUAAGUGUCUAAAUUGACUUUAAAUCUCAGCGAGAGGUUCCAGGUUUAAAGGAUAAUGCUGGCAAUUUUCUGUCAGUAUCAGGUUUUAUCUACAUGUUUAAUCAGCAGACUUAUCUUUUAGGAUCAUGCUUUAUGGUUUUGUAUGUUUUUCCCAUGUUAAAAAUAAAAUGAACCCCUCCUACAUAGUGAUUUAGAUUCAUGUCAGUUUGGCAUUAAAACAAUUUGCAGAGACACUAAAGCUAAUUUAUUAUAGUGAGAAUGUUAAUUACAUAUCACACUUAUUGUUUUAAUAUCAAAAUAAAUCAAAAUUAUAUUGUCAUUUAAUGGUAAGGCAAUUGUACAUUGGGAUUUCCUUGAUGGUGCAUUCAGGUGCUAGCGGGAAAUACCAGCAUUCUAAAUUCAGCAAGGUAUUUGUUUGUACUUGCUGUUCGUGUUGUAGGCAAAGUUGUAAAUCUCUUAUUUUUUGAUAAUGUCCCUGAAUGCACCAUCAAGGAAUCUGGCUUGCAACUGAAUUAUCAUGAAAUCGUAAAACAUUGGUGUGACCUCUCUGAAAGUUGAAAUUAAUGAGAGAUGAUGGCUGCUCAGAAAGUUUGGAAAUCAUUAAAAAAAAAAUUCACUACACUUUGUAACUUGGAGAUAGUGUGAAAAAGUGUUUAAGAUUUUUAGUUAACGGACCCUAAACUUACAAAACCAUCAGUGUGUUUCUUUAUG